GAAAUCGAACGCCACAAGAGUCGGUCAUGUGACUCCUUGCUUCGGUACUUGUUGUGGCCGAUUCUAUUCACUUCGGAUAUCUAUCGUGAUGUACGUGUACUUCGGUGUUGACGUACUUACUAUGAUACCGAGAACUCGGUCGUGUCAGUUUAGAAAAGAUCGGAACAUAAAGCGACGACUUCGACAGUUCCGUCGUCGGUGCUCAUGACGGGCUAAGCUAGAACACUAGACUGUGUCCGUUCUCGUGCACAGAGAUGAUAUAAUUUUCCACCAGCAGACUCAGACGUCAGCUUUCUUAUAUAUGCUCAGGUUAGAACAAGGGUAUGAAGCGCUAAUAUGUAAGUAGACCUUGUGUGAAAUAACUCCAACAGGAUGAAACUCGAACUCCAAUGGAUGUCACAAAUAGAUGACCACGAGCAACCAGUGGAUGUGACUUGUUUGAGAUCGGUGUCGCCCGGAGCGGCUAGCUUUUGAAUCACUUGAGUGAUCUAAAUCUUCCACGAACACGGCGAGACGGGCUAUCCGCCUGUUUCCUGCCGGACCAGAAGAAAUCAAACAGAGAAAAUGUCGUCCCGCACCUGUUGCACGGGGGGGCUAUUUUGCGCUCCCGACGACCUCGAGGAGGAACACACACCGGCGAACUUUUCGUAUGCCUCUGGCAAGCGGCGCAAUGCCGCAGCCGCCCGGGAGAAACUAAUCAACUACAACGCCCCUGCGUCUAUGCAGAGCAGCGGACAGCACGACGACGCGCAGACUUUUGGCUCUUCUGCGUCGACUUCUACAUGCGAAAGGAAUGAAGUAGAUUCUUCGCCUACUCGUCGUAAAAAGAAGACGAACAACCCCGCACAGGAAAACAAAACGCUUCCGGCUCCCUACAACGCCAUUCCCCCGACCAGCAGCGGAAUUUUUGCGGACCGCAUGUACGAAAUGGUGAUCCGCUCGUCGCAGACGGGUGGUCAUGGUACAACAACUGCAGGUCCCGACGGGAAGAUGAAAAUAACAAGCCACCUUACGCGUUCCUACAUCAGCUCCGUCCACCCGAGCGAAUUCGAGAACCUGUUGGAAGAAAGAGCCGUGCUGGAAGUGCCGAUCUUGAGGGGAAACGAAAGUCUGUUCCGGAAGAGAGGCGUAGUUGCGAAUACCAUGGCAAGUAGAACUGGAAGCGGCUCGUCUUCCACAAGGGAUCAUUUCAAGCUGACUUUACCGAAAAUUGUCAGCGUGGACGCCCGAACCGACCCGACGGUGUUUUACCGCGUGCCGCUGGGCUUCGGGCUCUGGGACGCGGCGGUGGCCCUCAUGUUUGCCCUGGGGACCGAGGAAAACUGCCAGGACCUCUUCCGAAGGGUGGACGUCCAGAAAAUUUUGGACAGCCGCCCCGACCACCGCCCGGUGAACCCGAAAAAUUUUAUCCAGCACUGCCGCGUUCUGGAGCUCGGUUGUGGUGCCGCGCCCUUGCCCUCCAUGAUCUGUGCCGAAAAAUGGGAGCCCGCGGAAGUUAUGCAUCGGGGAAGUACCAUUGUAUUUGUACUAUUACCUCCAUAACGUCACCGUCAGGGUCCUGAGGGUCCUCCACCACAUAUUGAGUUGAGCACAGUGGUGGUGGAAUAGUAGUGUUCGUGAUAGUUGCACUUGCUGAGAUGAGAUAAAUUUGUGCUUUUUUUCCAGGGCGUCACGGGGAAGCUUCGUCUUGUCAGGAACAAAGAAAAAGAAGACGGGACCACAGCUUCUAUGCAUGAAGUAAAAGUUAUUUCACGCACUGUACUGGAGAGCUCAAGCUCAGUUUGUGCACCAAGAUUACAUCUGAAAGAAACUGGUGCAGUCAUGCAGCACCUCCUGAGCCUCCUGACCUUGACGUUCAAAGACAAAUAGUACAACUUCUUGCAAUGCAUAGCCAUCGUGUGCACCGACUUUCUUCCCGCACUUCUGGAUUGGGCACAGGAGAACGUGAAUGCGAAUUUUCAGCAAAACCUGCAGCAGAUUCAUUCGAAUAGAGAAGACCCAGGAACUUCUUCGUCUCCUCUUCUCCGGGCGGAACCGCUGCCCUGGGGCUCGGGGCCGGACAUGGACCGGCUUUUGCAGGGGGGCCACAAGUUUGAUCUGAUCCUGGGUGCGGACAUCCUCGCCGGGGACCACGCUGGUGAGGCGGAACACCGGCACUGUUUGCAGCUGCUCGCCACCACGAUCGACUACAUGACGGAUGUCGGCGCGGUGCUGGUCUUGUCCCACUCCACGAGGCAGCAGCACGUGGAAGAGUGGGUGGUGAAUUCCGUCCUGGGCGAGAAAUGGGACCUGCUCGCGGAAAAGAACGACGACAUGCAGGCGCGGUGGCGCCAGUACGGAAAGCUCGCGCACAACAGCGACUUCCGAACCAACCCGGAGCUGAAAAUUCUGAUGCUGCAAAAGCGGGUAAGGUGAGUGCUAAUGUGGUGCAGGGACGGAUCAUCUUCACGCCCACAAAAGCGUCGUCGAUAGUAUGACCCGGAGCGCAGGGCUUACGCUUUUUCGCACACUAGGAGGGAAGAACUGGAGGUGCCAACAAGAGGACGCAAAGAGUGUGUCCAUAUCGAGGACGAGGAGUACUGAAAA